UCCCCACGCGCAGACAUGCCCGUAAGUAGCGCUACACAUUCUACUGUCGUCCUCGGUCGACUAAAAUGUGUGUUAGACCUCGCCAAGGAUUUGCUGCACCCGAGCCUCGAGGAGGAGAAGAGGACGCACAAGAAAAAACGCCUUGUGCAGUGUCCAAACUCCUAUUUCAUGGAUGUCAAAUGUCCAGGCUGCUACAAGAUCACCACGGUGUUCAGCCACGCUCAGACUGUCGUGCUGUGCGUCGGCUGCUCCACGGUGCUCUGCCAGCCGACGGGAGGGAAAGCCCGUCUGACAGAAGGGUGUUCAUUCAGGAGGAAACAGCACUAGUGGCUGGACACUAUCGGGGAGGAGUCCGAAUAAAACUUGAUGGACAUCAAGUAACACUGCCAUGCAGCUGAUGCAGCGACCAGGGGGCGGAGAGCGGGACUACAAAUCAUUUCUGUCUACAGAAAUAGACCCCAGCAGUACCACACAUCCAUUAAUUCUUAUCUCUUAAUAAAUUUAAAUUUGUUUUUUGUUUUGGAUGAAAUUAUCUUGUAUGUUUGUCAUCCAGUUUUUUGUUUUUGAUAUCUGGAAGGUAUUAAUUUGUGUGGCUUUUGAGGACAUGUGGCCUCAAAGCUUCACUUCAUUCAGCUAAAUAUUUGUGUUAAAGCAGGUUAAAUAGACAUUACCACAUACUUAUACCACAGUAUCAUAAACCUUUCAUUGAAAGUAGUCGAGGAUUUUAUCUGUGCCUGCUUCAAAGCCAGUGGUGUCGUUGCAGGCCCCCCUGCUCUGCGUCUGAUCGAGGGUUGAGUCAGGGAAAGUCAUUGCUGGCUCUUCCCGUGUGUCUUGCUGCUUGUGAAACAGUGAUGUGACACUAAAUCACAUUACUAUAAACAUUGUGGCUGUGAAUUUUCAUGUGCUUGCGAGCUUCCUGUGCAAAUGAUGUGGUAUGAAGAAAAAAAAGUAAGAAUGGAGGGAAUAUCUAGAGGAAUCAAACUAAUGACCUACAGUUAACUUUCAGACUUAGUUUAAGCUCGUGAGCAUUUAUGCAUUUCCAUAGCCUGUGAUGUGACCUUGAGUUGUGCUCUGAAUAAUGACAUGAAAUCAGGAGAGGCAAUGAUUCACUGACAACUUGUUGCUAUGGUGACAUUUUUUCUCGUGUCUUGCUAAUAAAGUCAUGGGAAGAAUGUAA